ACAAAGUUGAGAGCUUGCCUCUGACAACAUGCAUUCACCAGAGCAUGCCCUAGGUGUCUUCUUCCAGCUGAAAUGACAGCCUUAUCGUAAGUUGUUUAGACAUCUUCCUGUUCCCGAGAGCUCAACGAGCUUACUUUGGAUGACAGUUGAGGGGGUUUCAAGCCUCUGAGCAGGAACCGGCCAAGGAGCGAGCAUUUGUGAUGUCUUCGGACCAGGAAAGAAUCAGGGAGCGCAUUAAAGAACUCCUGAAGAAACCUGGGAAUGGAAACUGUGCCGACUGCAAAGUUGCAGACCCAGAAUGGGCAUCCUACACCCUGGGGGUGUUUGUGUGUCACAGUUGCUCAGGUCUCCAUAGAAACAUUGCUCAGAUAAGCAAGGUAAAGUCUCUACUGCUGGAUCCCUGGAGCUACUCUGAGUUAGAGUUUAUAGAUUCUGUGGGGAAUAAUGCUGCAAAGGCCAAAUAUGAACAGAUAGUACCUGCCUUCUAUUAUCGACCCACAUCUAAAGAUUGCAUGCUCCUUCGGGACCAGUGGAUCCGAGCAAAGUACGAGAGGAAGGAGUUUAUGUGCAUAGAGAGGCAGGAGCCCUACUCUGCAGGCUACAGAGAAGGAUGCUUAUGGAAGAGAGGAAGAGACAACGGUCAGUACCUCAGUCGAAAAUUUAUCCUGACGGAACGUGAAGGUGUCCUGAAAUACUUCAACAAGCACGAUGCCAGGGAGCCCAAAGCGAUCAUGAAGAUUAGCACAGUGAAUGCUACUUUUCAGCCAGCUAAAACCGGCAUUGCUCAUGGGCUGCAGAUUACCUAUUUGAAGGAUAACAGCACCAGGAAUAUCUUUGUUUAUCAUGAGGACGGCAAGGAAAUGGUUGACUGGUUCAAUGCAAUCAGAGGUGCAAGAUAUCACUACCUGCAGGUGGCAUUUCCCGGUGCUCCAAACUCUGAGUUGUUGCCAAAGCUGACCAGGAACUACAUAAAGGAGGGUUACAUGGAGAAGACUGGGCCAAAGCAUACUGAAGGCUUCAAGAAGAGGUGGUUUACGAUGGAUGACAGGAGGCUCAUGUACUUCAAGGAUCCGCUGGAUGCCUAUGCUCGAGGUGAGGUUUUCAUCGGCAGUAAAGAAAACAGCUACACUGUCCUUCCUGGCCUUCCUGCCAACGUUCAGGGGACCCACUGGCCGUUUGGAAUCACUAUAGUGACUCCAGACAGGAAGUUUCUUUUCGCCUGUGAGACUGUAGAGGAUCAGAAAAACUGGAUGGCAGCAUUUCAGAUAGUCAUCAGUCGACCGAUGCUGCCACAGGAGUAUGCCGUGGAAGCUUAUUUUAAACACAAACCAUGAUUGUGCUUCUGCUUGAAGUGCACUCACAGUGCACAAAGCCUGGUGUUUGAUCCAAAGAUGGACGACAUUUGACAGCAACACUUCUACGACACUUCUUGACUCCAGCAACA